UGGAAAAUCCCAUCCGUCAAAAGCGUAAGAUUUGCUUUCUCUCUUAUUUAUAGGCUGUUUUCAAUAUUAAAUAAUUACGGUAACUACUGGGACAACUCCCUGGUACUACUAACUACUACUACGGGAUCUACACUGCAGAACAGGGAGCAGAGUAAAAUUGUUGAUUUAUACUUUCUUUGACGUGUUACCAAUCUCACCAUGGAAGUCAUUCAAAUAGAGAGUGGGAAAGAUUCCAUCACAGAUGAUUUCAUGUAUGGAAAUAACGUUGCAACCUCUCACAUACAAGUCCGGAUGGGUUUUCUACGUAAAGUUUAUGGCAUACUCUCCAUUCAGCUGCUUGUCACAGCUGUCACAGCUGCCUUGUUCAUGUCUUCCACAACCAUUAAGAGUUAUGUCCAACAAAGUUCUGGUUUUUUGAUGUUGGCUGGGAUUUUAUCGUUAGUGCUCAUUAUAGCAUUGAUGGUUAAACGACACGAAUCACCCACAAACAUGUACCUACUCUUUGCUUUUACAUUUGUCGAUGCGUACUCUGUUGGCACAAUUGUAACAUUCUACGAUGUCGAUGUGGUAAUCCAGGCAGUCAUAUUGACGUCAGCUGUAACGGUAGCACUCACCAUGUACACAUUUCAAAGUAAGAGAGACUUCAGCAGUUGGGGAGCAGGGUUAUUUUCAGUUUUGUUGGUGUUGAUUGUUGCAAGCAUAAUGCAGCUUUUUCUCCAGAGUGAGGUAAUGAACCUGAUGAUCGCCAUUGGGGGCGCUGUUAUCUUCUCACUUUUCCUCAUCUAUGAUACUCACCUUCUAAUGCAUAAAUUGUCCCCAGAGGAGUACAUCCUUGCAUCCAUUAACCUCUACCUGGAUAUCAUCAACCUCUUCCUUUACAUCCUCCGCAUCCUUAACGAAGCAAAGAAACGCUAAAAAGCACCCUCCUCCUUAUCUGUGUGUUCAUUAUGAACAAAUUCAUACAAUGUAAUGGAAAACUCGACAGAACUUUAGCACUCCAAAUAUGUGAUAUAAUGGAAAUGGCUUGUAUAGCGCCUUACAAAAUUAAAAAUCGUCUCAAAGCACUUUAAGAAAAUUAAGAAGUAAAAAAAAAAAAAAUUAUUUUUAUUGUAAUUUAAAUUAGAUACUGUUUUGUUUUAUCUAAAUUUUGACAUUUACUUUUUGGAUUAUUUCAUUUCAUAAUAAUAAAAAUAGUAAAAUUUUAUGAUGAUAAGGCAAAACCUUUUUUAUUCCUUGUUUCGUGAACCCACCGCCCGCCAAUAUUUAUGAUUUUGAAUAAAAAUGCAAUUUUAUUUUUGGCCAAUUAGCAUACCCACAUCCACGGAAAAACUGAAAAUUUCAGAAAAAAAUAAAAGUUCUUAAUUUUUAUUACCCACGGCUUUCUUGAAAUCUCCAAAAAUAAGAUUUGUAUAUUUCUUCCUAAAAAUAAAUUUAAGGCAUUUAACCAUCCCAUGACUACACUGUUUUUAUCGGUCUUCACAAAACAAGGUAUAAAAAAGUCUUGCCUAAUGAUGAUGAUGGUGGUGGUGGUGAUGGUGGUGAGGGUAGUGAUAUUCACGAGGACAACAAAAAUGGUGACAAUGACAUACAUGUUUUACCUUAUUGUAUUUUGUUUAGAAAAGUGGUAUGAAGUGGGAGAGGUAUUUAGACAUUUAAGGCCAAAAUGUUCCUUGACAACUGAUCUUCCAUUUUGUUCUUAAUGUUCAUUGAAAUUAAAUCUUUAUCUGCUUUCUCCACACUAUCAAAUUUAUUAUGACAAAUUUGUGUGGUGUGCCUAAAUACAUGGUGAUGUCAUAUUACACCCAAAUAUGGGCAUAUCACAUUUAUUUUCACAUAAAAUGUAAUAAUGUUUACAGAGCUUCACAUUGGUCCAUCAAUUGUUUAAACAAUCUUAUAUAUUACUUAGAUUAAGUACUGUAAAUAAAUAAUGUGCAUUCUGACUUA